AUGCCCGUGCCCGCGCGGCGCCUGGGGUGGGCGGCGCAGAGCGCGGCGCUCCCCGUGAUCGCGCUGGACCUCUUCAACACGCACCUCCGCGCGCCCCUCCACAUGCGCUGCCACGGCCGCGCCUGCCCCGCCUUCUCCCCCUGCGGGGACACCUUCGGGAACGUCGCCGCCUGCUGGAACCCCGAGCUCUCCGCGGAUAAGAAGAAGCUCUUGCGCGCGCCUUUGAACUGCCCCAGGAUUAAAGACUCGCGGAGGGAGGAGUAUGGGGAUGGCGGAAUCGGGGAGGGAGGGGAAGGGGAGGGGGAGGCGGAGGAUGGGCUGAGGGCGAACCUGACGUGUUCUCAUCCUGAGGACUUUAUUUUGUGUGACGCUGUUGCUUUCCAGACUUUUCGACUGAAACACGUGUUUGUGACGAAUCUUGGUUUCACCUUCAAUCGCACGCAUAGGUUUGUGCGCAACGGUUGCCACGCCUAUGUCGAGUUCGCCUUUCCUGCAAGCACGCGAGUGCACAAGGUGACUCGGGCCAUCAACUGGGCGCACGGAUCCGGUCUAGCGUUCUACCACAUGUUGGUGGAGGCCGUGCCUCAGUUCUUCAACCUCGCGCCCAUCAUGCCUGCUUUCUCUGGUGGCCGUGUGCCUAUUAUCUCGUCUGCAAAGCAGGCGAGGGUUUGGGACCGUUUGGUGGCGCCGCUGGUGGGCGUAUCACGGGAGGGAGUGCAGCUUAUAGCGCCAGAGGAGGACCAUCUCAUCUUCGCCCAUGAGCUGAUUGAGCCAUCCCGGCAGUACUGCGGGGUGCCAGCACGGGGCCUAUGGCACAGCCUGCGGCGGCGGCAUCUGCUGCACCCGCAGGGGUUGCCUCUCUUCCACCGCAACUGGACGCAGCGCCACCUCUCCCCGCUCUCCGACCAACAGAUGGCUCUGCUGCCCGCCGACUGGGUGGUGCUGCUGGUGCGGCGGCCGGGCAAGGAGAGGGUGAUGGAGAGAGAGGGCGACCUGGAGGCCAGCAUGAGGCGUGUGUUUGGCAACCGCCUGGUGGUUUACGGCAAGUCGCUGCCCAUUUUGCAAGCCCGAGCGCUGUUCCGGAGGGCGCGGCUGGUGGUGGCGGUGCACGGGGCGGGCCUCUCCCACACCAUCUUCAUGCCCUCCAAUGCCUCCGUGCUCGAGAUUCGCCCUCGGGAUUACCACAACACGUGCUACCACCAUCUUGCAGAGGCCUGCGAUCUCAACUACUACUUGCUGUUGGGCGAAGGGAAUAAGAAAGGCACAUUCUGCUGUCUGUUGAAGAGUGAGCAGCGCAAUGGAUUGGACGUUGGACCUUCAGCGGCUUGA